GCAAGUCUGGGAACCAGCCUUGCAGCCUGGAUUCUAGACUUUUCCUAGCCUUUCACCUUUCUGCUUGGUAGGAUCAGGGCGCCUCUGAGGAUAACGAAAUUCGUAUAACCAAGGUGGUCACAUCUGGGUCUUGAACUGUACCUUGAAUACAAGUCUUUCCCACUUAUCUAGAAUGGGGAACGUGACAGUGUCGUGCACAGCUGUCUGUGAGUGACUCUCAAGUGUGUGAGGACUGCCACAGCAGCCUCAGCCGGACCGGGCCUGCCUGCAGGGAGAGAAGGAAGAGCAGGAAGAGCGCUGCCCCGGGGGCGCUGGGCCUGGGCUGAGAAGACAGGCUCGGCCGCUCCGGCCGGGAUCAGCACCGGGGCCACGUUCCCGGUGCCCUCUCUGCGCCCGCCGCUCCUCGCCCACCCCGACCGGUGAUCGCGGCUCCGAGCCAGUGCUGGCGCCUCGCUCCGGGUUCCCGUGCGCACCCUGGGCUUCUGCGAUCGCCUGGAGCCAUGGAACCCGGGCUCCGCAGCAGGCCCGCUGAGCCUGGGCGUUGCGUGAGCGGCCCGCCGGGCGACGGCUCGGCGUUCCCGGUGGACCUGCCGUCUGGCGCCGGGGCGCAGCCCGGGAGCCUCCCUGGAGCCGUGGCCGCCGUGCUGCCGGCCGGGGGCUGCGGGGAGAGGAUGGGCGUCCGCACCCCGAAGCAGUUCUGCCGGCUUCUGGAGAGGCCGCUCAUCAGCUACACCCUGCAGGCCCUGGAGAGAGUAUGCUGGAUCAAGGACAUUGUUGUGACAGUGACAGGGGAGAACAUGGAAGCAAUGAGGAGUAUCCUUCAGAGGUAUGGCCACAAGCGCAUCUCACUGGCUGAGGCCGGAGCCACGCGCCACAGAUCAAUUUUCAAUGGACUGAAAGCUCUGGCAGAAGACCAGCCAGAUUGUAAGCUCACUAAGCCAGAAGUUGUGAUUAUCCACGAUGCUGUAAGACCUUUUGUUGAGGAAGACAUCCUCCUGAGAGUUGUCAUAGCUGCUAAGGAGCAUGGGGCAGCAGGAGCAAUCCGACCUCUGGUAUCCACGGUCAUCAGUCCCUCCGCUGAUGGUUGCUUAGACCACUCACUGGACCGUGCCAAAUACAGGGCAAGCGAAAUGCCACAGGCUUUUCUCUUUGAUGUGAUCUAUGAAGCAUAUCAGCAGUGUAGUGACUAUGACUUGGAAUUUGGAACAGAGUGCUUGCAGUUGGCCCUAAAAUACUGUCACAGGAAAGCAAAACUUAUAGAAGGGCCCCCAGACCUCUGGAAGGUGACCUACAAACAAGAUCUGUAUGCAGCUGAAUCCAUGAUUAAGGAAAAAAUUUCACAAGAGAUUUGUGUGGUCAUGAACACAAAAGAGGAAGAAUCUAUAGGACGUCUUCUUGAGGAAGUGCUAAGAAAUGAAUUAAAUUGUGUUACAGUCAUGUCCGCAGUCGUGGGUCACGGGGGCAGAGACAUUCGGAACUUCAUCACAGGGCAAUGCUACAGUUUCAUCUGUGUGAAUGUUGUGUCUUCUGAUUUUCAAGAAACGCGGAAGCUACUGAGCACGCUUGAAGAGAGCAGCCUUCCCCUUUUGUAUCCUGUAGUUGUUAUUUCGGUGCAUUGCCUUGAUUUCACAUUGGUAUCGCUCACUCAGAAGUUGGAAAGCCUGAUGUGGAUUAGGGACUUAGCCAAGGAAGUGAAAGAAAAGAAUAUUUUAUUAAGUGGACUCCUCCUAAAUUCCUCACAGAUGUUCCAAAGAAAACUGUUCUGCAACAGCCACUCAUAAAGAAGUAGAAAAUGGCAAAACCACAGAGAAGGCAACCUAUGUGACAACAGUGGCUGUGUCUUCCUGGAUACAGAAAACAAACAGAGCUUUGGAAGAGCUUGCCAACACAUGCCUGCCAAAUAAAAUAUUGUUUUAUGAAGUCAGGAAAAAACUAAUUUUAAAGGUUAUUGUAGGUUAUUUGUGGUCACUUCUGGUGUGCAUACAGAAUGAUGUCAUCCCGAACUCUUCUCUAUUUAUAUUUCAGUCUUAGAGAUCUUUUGUCUAUGACUUGGUCUCAGCUACCAGACACAUCUAAAAUUCAAUACUCGUAAAAUCUCCGCUAGAAAAAAAAAAUUUGAAAGGAGAUGGAAAAAAGUUCCAGCCAAGUCCAGGCAAGAAAUCAUUCAGGCAGAUCCAUCUUCCAAAAUACCUACGCUUGUAAUGUCUUCUCGGACUCAGGACAAGUUUGCUGGAGAAUGUCUCAAAUAACCAGAGGACAGCUCCACGGGAAAAGAGCUGCCCUGUGAGCAGAGGCAGGUGGGAUCCCUGCUGGACAGGCCACAGCCGAGGAAGCAGGUCAGGGGCUCCCGGUACAGCCCUGGGUCUCUCUCGCCUCCUGAGAGGAACCUGCUGCGCUCCCCAGGUUUUGCUCAGGCUGCCUGAGAGCUUGUUAGCAGAGGAUCCUCCUGUACCAUUGCCAGUUGCUGGUGUGUGUGCACGUGUGUGUGCCUUUGGAGGGGCAGUGUGUUUGGAAACCCCGCCUUCUCAAGUUAAUCUUUGGUGAGUCAAGAAAUAAAAAAUAAAAAAAAAAAUCAUUGUAUGAAAAUAGCUAGCAACCUGGUGGGGUGUUAGAAACUAGAAAGAAGGGAGGCUAGGAAAUUGAUUGAGAAAAAGAAACACGAAAAGUCUAAUACAAAAACAACAAAACAUUUUGGAUAUUAGAACUAACAUACGAAAAUGCAUGUUUACAGUGAAAAGAUGACACAUUAAAGGUUCUAUCCAGAUACCAAGUUGACACAAUUUGCAUAAUCUUGAUAUUUAUUCAGUCAAACAUUAAAAAUGACUUACGCAUUUCUGAGCAUUUUGGUCUAUCUGACACUUCCGUGAUAAGCAUUUUUUUCCCCUUGUACUGUUGCCAACAGCUUUUUCUUUGUAAAAAUAAGAAACUGAAGAAAGAGCGAGUUGUGACUCUAGCAGAAAACAUUCUGCUCUACACGGAGAGUGAAGCAGGGGGAGGGAGAAGCAGUUCUUGGGGUACCGGAGUGACCGUUCUUAUUUGGUGAUCUGGUGACGUCUCGCUUUGAGCCUUUGAGCAAGAGGAAGCUUUGGAAAGAGUGAACCGUUGACAUCUUCUGGAGACGGCUGCAGUCAGUGAAGGAGUCUGAGCCAGGGGGCAUGUGGCCUGUAGAAGGAACACCAGUGAACACAGACUUUCCGAAACCUCCUUGCAGGAGAAUGGGAAGUCCUGCGAGAUCCCGAGAGUCAAGGAGAAUUCGGAAGUCACCAACCUAAGCCAGCUACUGUUGGGUUAUGGCACAUGCUAAAAAAAAAAAAAAAUUCUGUUGUCAGGGACUGUCUCUGACAUGAACUGAUUGGCCUGCUCUUUGAACACCUCCCCCUGAGAGGGAAGUAGCCUUACCAGGCCACAGAGGAAGACAGUGCAGCCACUCCUGAUGAGAACUAACAGACUAGGAUCAGAAGGAAGGAAAAGAAGACCUCCCCUACCACUGCACUUGGGGAGGGGCAUGCGUGGAGAAGGAAGAGGAAGGAAGGAAGAGAUUGGGAGAGGAUGAGGGAGGGAACUACAGGGGCCAUACAAAGUAAAUAAAGUGUAAUUAAUAAAAAAAAAUUAAAAGAAAAAAAGAAAAAAAAUCUGUUGUCAUAUGUGGUGAUUCUCCAGUGCUAUCUUUCUGAUGGUCUAAGCCCUCUAAGCCUGUAAAUAAGGUCUACUCUGAGAUUUCCAGUUAUUCCUUACUGAUACUUUCUCUCUCCUCGUAGCUUUGAAAGCAUGAAAUCCUGCAGCUGUGAUCAGGUCAAGCUGAAGAAAUCGCAGAAUGGAGACAAGGUGUAAGCGUAGGUGGCAGGUGGAUAUAA